CUAUGGUCCCGGAGGACUCGCUCUCAAUGGCGGCCGCACCCGGCCCACCGGGCGGAGUGUCCCGGCAUGUCCCGCGGCUGCCGCACCUCCCGGCGUGCCCCGCCGCACCCUCACUUCCGUCCCGGGCGCUAAGAUGGCGACGCCCAUGCACCGGCUGAUUGCCCGCAGACAGGCGGAGGCAAACAAGCAGCAUGUGAGGUGUCAGAAGUGUUUAGAGUUUGGCCACUGGACAUAUGAAUGCAAAGGGAAGAGAAAAUACCUGCACAGGCCUUCAAGGACAGCUCAGCUGGCCAAAAUCCUGAAGGAGAAAGAAAAGCAACUCCAGCUGCAACAGAGUGCUGGAGAAAGUGCUGCAGAAAAGAAGACCAAGAAAAAAAGGUCCAAAAGUGUGACCAGUUCCAGCAGCAGCAGCAGCAGUGACAGCUCAGCCAGCGACUCCUCCUCUGACAGCCAGGACUCCUCUACCUCCUCCGAGGACAGUGACAGUGAGGACAGCUCCUCCUCCUCCUCCUCCCUCUCCUCCUCCUCCUCCUCCAGCAGCUCUUCCUCCUCCUCCGACUUCGACUCGGAUCCGAGCUCCUCCAGCAGCAGCAGCGACAGCAGCUCUGAGGAUGAGCCCCCAAAGAAGAAGAAGAAGAAAUAGCUGGGGAGCUGCAGGACUGGUGUGGAGUGGGGGACAAGCCCCUCCCAGGGGCUGGAGCACACGGCUGCCAAACAGUCAAUGGUCAACAUUUCUACUGCUCACACUUUCCAAGUGUUUUGCCUAGUUGUUCCUAGGACAUGCAAGGUAUUAAAUGGUUUCCUGAGACUUACUGAGAGAGUAUUUUUGUGCUUUAUCCUUUUAUGGAAGAUUUUACUUUUUUAGUUCCAGGAAAAAUUUAAAAAAAAUCUAUCAUCAGAUUCGUUUCUAUGAGCUAAAGUCCAGUAACCUGGAUGUUUACAUGCUGGAAAGCAAAAGCUUUUUAUUGCAGGUUAUGCUGUGCAUCAUGUGCUGUUCCUCUGUUAAUGACAGCUUCACUUCCAUUGAGAAAAUCCUCUCCAACAGUUAAAAGCAGAAGUUCUUCAGCGCUGCUGUGGAGCUGGGGCAUUGUUGAAGCUGAAUGCACAACGUGUCCCACACAGAGCCUCCCAUCUCAUCAGCUGGUGACAAAUGGAUUCUGUGCUGCUGAGCUUGUGUUCCAAUGGCUUUUCCUGAUGCUUCCAGGUCCAGUCUUAAGUGCACCAUCCAGCUGAGCUGUGUUGGUUUGUUACCGAUCAAUGGAGUGCUUGUCCUGCCCGCAGGCUCUGGGCUUUUCACUCCCCUGUGGCCUUGGCUCGUGUGUUGGAAGUGUUUGCUGAGACACAGAGUGUUGGUGUUGGGAAGCAGCAGCUCAGUGACUUGGGGCUGCUGCUGCUUUAGGAGUUUCAUCUUUGUGCCUUUUUUUUGUCAAUUCGGUGUGCCCCAGUGAGACAAGGGCUGCAGUGCGUGUUCUGCAGAGCUCCAGCACAAUAUUGCCACGCAGCAAAAGCAGAGAAAUAAUAACAGCCACAACUGGGCACUGUUCUCACUGGAUGCUCAGUAAAAAAGAGGCUCCUUGAAAUAAAGGGCUCAAAGGAAAGUGUUUCCCUUUGCAUGUGUGAAAUGCAGGAUUGCCGAGUGACAGUCUGCAGAAAUUCAGUCAUCAUUGUUUGUGGGAACUGCCCUGGAGAAGGAAGUGAGUGCAAAAGCCCCACAAGCCCUACAAAAGCAGAUCCAGACGGGCUGCAGAGCAGGGAUUGCUGGAUGCAGAGUGGGAAUUAUUUGUUCUUCUGGGGGAUUGAAGCAGUUGCCAUUAGGAUUUUAUUUGGUGAUGCAGUCUCCUGAAUUUCUUCUUGUCGGCGUGCCCUUUGUGGGGAGGGGGCAUCACUUGUGGAAGAAUUCUCAAGUAUCUUGGUUUAGGUAAAAUACAGUAACUAAAGUAUUUUUUAUAAUUUUUAUGGAAAAAGUAGUGCGUAGACUUCCUUUGGAAUAAACUGUACUUUAAAUGUUUGCAAAUCCCUGUGUUGUGUGUGUGUGUCUGUGAGCACUCCUGUGUUUUACAGAACACGCUGCAGACUGUAAAUAAAACUACCAGAAAGGUGUUUAAGUCUUGUGGACUGAAUGUACCAUUUAAUGGGAAAGUGAAUAAAUGAUUAACCAGCA